UCGUCCUGGAUCCUGCGCCUCGCGUCAUCUGUCUUGAUCUCUCAAUUGAACUGAGAGCUCCAGUUCCACUUUUUGUCUACACCCCAGUUCGAUACCUCAAACUCCAUCGCGAUGGCUGCUGGUCAGGGAGCCGUCUCGUUUGAUGCGAUCAUCCAAGCCGAUCGCAAAAGACGGAAUGAGGAGCUCGCAAAUCAGCUCCUCGGCAAAAAUAGAACGACCAACACCGCCACCAAGGCGGCAGGAAAGACGCAGACUGUGAAGCCGGGAAGCCUCGCAAGCCGGAUAGGUGUGGCCAAGCGCUCUGUGUCGGCUACUCUCCCUUCGAAAGCAAACAUCCCGAACCCAGCGCCCGCGCGACAGGGUCCCCGGCCGGGCGCAAGACCCGCGAAUCGACGCCGUCCUGACGAAAGCCGCCUUCUCUCUGCCCUCAAUCCCGAAAGUGGACAGGCUAACGUUCGGAAUGGAGCUGGUUUGACUAUCAAGGGGGUCGGUUCAGGGCCGUUUGUCGUCAUCGGGAGUAACUUCGCGCCUGGAACCACCGCUGCCGAUAUCCAGUCGGCGCUUGAACCCGUCUCGGGCAAGAUAUUGCGCUGCUGGGUCACUUCGCAACACCCUUCUGUUAAAGCAGAGAUUACAUUUGCCGAGAAGCAAGCCGCCGAGAGUGCCAUUGCAAACUUCCAUAAUCAGAGGAAUCUAAUGAAUAUCAAGGCCGACGGCCGAGUUUUAUCAUUGCGUCUAAAGCAAACUACACCCAAAGGCAACCAAGAUUUGUUCGAGCGUCCUACCAAACCCACCUUCCAGAACCCCCAGUCUUCUUUCAGUGAUCUCCGGGAGCAAGCCGAUCGCGAUCGCCGCUUGCAUCGCUCAAAUGACCCGUCUGUUCAAGAUGGGCGAUGGGGAUUCAACAAUCAGAAUCAGGCUUUCGACCAAGGGCCGUCCAGGGGAAACUAUCGCCGGCGGAACAACCGGGGUGGCCGUGGCGGCGCGAGAGGCGGUGGUAAUGUAGUCCAGGAUACACAGGAAACGGGCCUUUACAGCGACGAGAUGAUGGUCGACGCACCACAACCGAACCAAAGGAACCGGGCACGCCCCAACCAGACACUCUUACUGAGAUCGCAACGAUGGUCUUCAACUUCACCUUCACCUUCACCUUCAGCCUCAACCUUUGAAACAAGACAAUGGUCGACACCACUAGCCCAGACACUCGCCAAUGCGAUCAAAGUAACAGGCCCCAUCCCCAUCGCAGCCUUCAUGCGCCAAGUCCUCACAAACCCCGAAGGAGGCUACUACACGACGCGACCCGAAGGCGACGGCGAAGUAUUCGGCAAGAAGGGCGACUUCGUCACCUCGCCCGAAAUCUCCCAGGUCUUCGGAGAACUGGUGGGCAUCUGGACGAUUGCGGAAUGGAUGGCGCAGGGACGGAAGCGCAGCGGAGUGCAACUGAUGGAGGUUGGACCGGGAAAGGGAACCUUGAUGGAUGAUAUGUUGCGCACAUUCCGGAACUUCAAGACCUUUACGUCGAGUAUCGAGGCGAUAUACUUGGUUGAAGCUAGUGCUACACUGAGGGAGGUUCAGAAAAAGCUACUAUGUGGAGAUGCGGUCAUGGAGGAGACGGACAUUGGGCACAGAAGUACGAGCAAGUACUUUGACGUUCCGGUCAUUUGGGUCGAGGAUAUUAGGUUGUUACCACAUGAGGAGGACAAGACACCAUUCAUAUUCGCUCACGAAUUCUUCGACGCCCUCCCCAUCCACGCCUUCGAAUCCAUCCCCCCGUCUCCAGAGAACCAGCCCGCAGAACAGAAGGAAAUCAUGACCCCCACCGGCCCAGCGAAACUCCACCAGCCCUUGAAACCAGCCAACACGCCACAAUGGCGCGAACUCAUGGUCACACUGAACCCGAAGGCCGUGGAAGAGAACCAGGAAGGCGAGCCCGAGUUCAAGCUCACUCUCGCCAAGGCAUCCACUCCCUCCUCCUUGGUCAUUCCCGAGAUCUCUCCGCGCUACCGCGCCCUCAAAUCCCAGCCUGGCUCCACCAUCGAAGUCAGCCCGGAAAGUCGCAUCUACGCGUCCGACUUUGCGCGCCGUAUCGGCGGUGCAUCGCAACCUCCUCGGACGGUCACGAAGGGUGCAGCUGCCGCGCCGGCCCCCGCGAAGCGCGUGUCCUCCGGUGCGGCUCUGAUUAUGGACUAUGGUACUCUCUCAACUAUCCCGAUUAACUCGCUGCGCGGGAUCCGGGAACACAAGAACGUGCCGGCGCUUUCGUCGCCGGGACAGGUGGAUGUCAGCGCGGAUGUGGAUUUCACGGGACUGGCAGAGGCGGCGAUUGAGGCUAGUGAGGGCGUGGAGGUGCACGGGCCGGUCGAGCAGGGUGAUUUCCUGCAGGCCAUGGGCAUUGAGGAGCGUAUGCAGCAGCUACUGAAGAGGGUUGGGGAUGAAGAGAAGCGGAAGACGCUGGAGACCGGGUGGAAGAGACUUGUGGAGAAGGGCGGCGGCGGCAUGGGUAAGAUUUAUAAGGUGAUGGCGAUUGUGCCGGAGAACGAUGGGAAGCGUCGCCCGAUAGGCUUUGGAGGCGGGAUUGUGGCAGAUAUAUGAUUGAUACCUGGAUUAGCGAAGUGUAUAGUAUAGACCUUGU